UUGCUCAGUGGGCAGUGUGGAGGGGGUUCGCAGCGGGUGUUGAUUGUUAUAUAUAAUACGCAUACAUACAGGUAUCUCAGAUAAAAGAAUGCAGGAACUGGCCUUGACCCGUGUUGGUUAUUAAGCGUUUGACCGCAAUGUGUCCACUGCCAUUCUAGUUCUUACAUUGCGGAGAUUGAAAAAUUGUAGUCUAUAUUAAGUCAUCAUCAAGCACUUCGCGGUCUUAACCAAGAGACAUCAAAUGGCUAACGUCGUACAGAGUCUCUUCCAGUAUUUUUCAACUGCCGGCCUGCCAACAGUUUUGAUAUUCGUGGUAGUGCUGUUGUUAAGUCUGUGGAUGCUGUCGUCGAGGAAUCCUCGGGUGAACUGGCCGCCCGGACCUCUCUGUUUCCCCGUGGUGGGAUGUCUCCCACAGAUGAUGAUCAGCGGUAGGAGAAGACAACCUACGGAUCUUCUUCCAUGGUAUGAUACAUACGGAGAUAUCAUGCACGUUAAAUUUGGUGAGCAACACGCGAUAAUGCUGGGGACUUAUGAGCUGAUCCAAGAGGCUUUCGUGAAGAAUGCAGCCACAGUCAGUGCUAGACCAACUUGGAUAUAUCGUUUGAGUCGAAUAGUUGGGAAGGACGGGGCUGGCGUAAUAUUUAAAUCCGGGCACGCAUGGAAAGAGCUGAGGAGAUUCACGCUCUCGUCUCUUCGAGAUCUCGGCCUCGGGAGAAAAAGUUUACAAGAAAGAAUUCAGGAUGAAGCUCGAUAUUUGGUACAAAACAUUGAAGAUGAAAAUGGGAAGGCUUUCUGUCCCACAGGCAGGAUUGGGAAAGCUGUCAGCAAUAUUAUUUCUAUCAUUGUGUUUGGAGCCAGAAAUGACUAUAAUGACACCCCAGAAAUGCUGCCAGUUUUGGAGCAAGCCAUAAGGACUGGCCAGGGAAUACUGUCCCUCACUAACUUGUCGCGCAUUUUACCGAUGAAAAAGGUAUUCGCUCUCAUUGACAAGCUAUAUAGUUUGAUACGACAAGAAGUCGAACGUCACCGCCAGUCCUUUGAUCCAGCUGACAUCCGGGACUUCAUUGACCUCUACAUUAAGGUCACACAAGAUGGACAUGAUCCCGAGGUCUACACAGAAUGGAACGUAUUUCGCAUCAUCGUUGAUCUAUAUUUGGCUGGAACUGACACAACAGCAAAUACUUUGAGAUGGUCCCUGGUUCAUAUGGUAAAUCAUCCGGACGUUCAGAAGAGGGUCCAGCAGGAAAUUGAUCAGGUCAUAGGUCAAGAUCGCGUUGCCAAGAUGGAGGACAAGGAAAGGAUGCCAUUUACGGAAGCAACCAUCUUGGAGGUCUUUCGUAUGUCACCGGUCAUAGGUCAAGAUCGCGUUGCCAAGAUGGAGGACAAGGAAAGGAUGCCAUUUACGGAAGCAACCAUCUUGGAGGUCUUUCGUAUGUCACCGGUUGCCCCUUUUGGAGUUCCCCAUGCCACCAGUGAAACUACCAACUUGGCCGGAUACACCAUUCCCAAGGGGACCAUGAUACUGGGAGAUUUGUACCGGGUACUUCACGAUAAGAAUAACUUCGAGGAUCCUUACAAAUUCAAACCAGAAAGAUGGCUGGAUGGCGAUGGUAAAGUGAUCAAGUCGGACAAACUGAUACCAUUUUCUAUGGGACCCCGUGUUUGCCUGGGCAAGGGGCUUGCUGAAAUGGAAGCGUUCAUUUUCUUCACCACGUUGUUUCAGAAUUUUACCUUCAAGGUACCAGAGGGCGAGAAACCUCCGGACGGAGUGAAAGGCCUCAACACGUUCACUUUUACGCCAUACCCCUACAACGUGUGCGCUGUUAGACGCUAGAACGGAGAUACACUGUACCUUACUAUGAAUGUACCGGUUACUACUUGUACAUGGACAACAGUAUCUGUAUAAAUACAUCAGAUAAUCCGAGUCUGACACGUGACUGUCAGACUGACUGUAUCUAAACUAAAAUACUUCGUUUAGUCUCGAAAUGGUUUUCGUGCUUUUCCUCUUGGCAAUAACGUUUUUAAUGUAUCGCUAUAAAGAACGUCGUGCAGUUGUUUAAGUAUAUAUUGAUCAAUAGAAUCGUACUUUGAAAACCGUAGAUACGUGCACUGGGGCGGAUGAAGAUCCUUUUCUGCAAUGUGCCUGAAAGGAUUAUUCUUCUAAUGAGGCGGGGAAAGAUUGAUUGCUCCAAGAACUGUACACGUCACAAGUAAUAGUGUUCAUGCCAACUACAGAGGUAUACAGUGUACAGAGGUAUACAGUGUAUAUACGUAUGAGUAUCGUACGUAAAACCGAUUAUAUGCUUUUUUCAGCUUUUGAGAAUAAACGUAUAGCUA